AUGUUUGACUCUGUUUGUCAUUAUGAUCUCUCAAAUCACUUCAUCAAUGGGCAUCACUUCUACAUCAUCAAUACCAACUUCACGGUAGGCGUUGCCAUAAGCUUCCCUCAAGUUGAUUUCCAAUACAUCAAGCUAAACAGGGAGACUGGUACCAACUUUACCCAGACAAUUCCAGUCAAUUCAAAUAUUCAAUCCAUGCUGCAGGUCUACAACAAUGGUGACAUCCUCUUCUAUACAAACAGUGAUACUGGUAACCUUCCUUUAUAUCAUCCAGGAAAUAAUACUAUUACAAACCCUCAAUCGAUACUAUAUACUGAUGCUCAAAGUUCCUAUGCUCAUGUACCAUACUCUGGAACUGGUUACAAUGCCAACACAAACACUGUCUACUCCUUUGUCGUUGUAAAUCAAACAUUUGAUAUUGGAGUAUUAGCCAUUUCAUUCAAUGAUCAAUCAUUUGAGUACACAUCGUUGACCAACAGACCAAUCAAUGUCACUGCUUGGUCGUCGUGCUACGAUCCAAACAACCAGACAUUCUAUGCAAGUUUGUUGUUGAGUGACGCAGUGAUGCAGACCGCCGUUUACGAUACGUUCAACAAGGCAGAGGUGAUGUUAUUCAAUGUGUCGUUGGACAUUGAUGUUGAUAACGAUUGGUUUGGUGAACCAUUCCUCAAUGUCUACGUCUGGGACUCGUUGAUGUAUGUUAUGGUUGGUGCAGAUCAACCUGGUUAUCCAUUAUGGAUUGGUGUCGUUGAUUUGGAAACACAACAUGUCAAGACCAUUAUGCAGGACAACUUGAUGUUGCUCACUGAUAGCAUACCAACAUUCUCUGUUGAUCCCGUCCAUGGCUACAUGUCAGCCUAUGGCUUGGAUGUUGACAGUGAGACUGCCUACCUCUACAUGCUUGACAUGUCCACCCAAGCCUACACCAAGAUUGCCCAGCCAAAGUUGUAUGUUGGUCCUCAAGACUUCAUGUAUGAAGCAUUCUGGACUUCGUCAUAA